AUGGGUGUGCCACAGGGUUCAAUUCUCGGGCUGGCUCUCUUUUCUGUAUACAUCAAUGGUGUUGCUCUAGCUGCUGGUGAUUCUCUGGUACACCUCUACGCAGACGACCCCGUUCUGUAUACUUCUGGCCCCUCCUUGGACACUGUGUUAACUAACCUCCAGACGAGCUUCAAUGCCAUACAACUCUCCUUCCGUGGCCUCCAACUGCUCUUAAACGUCUGAAAUAAGCACUCACUAUGUCUGAUGGGGACUAUGACUACCUCAUCAAAUUCCUAGCCCUUGGUGAUUCUGGAGUAGGGAAAACCAGCUUUCUCUACCAGUACACCGACAAAAAGUUUAACUCCAAAUUCAUCACUACAGUGGGCAUUGAUUUCAGAGAAAAACGAGUGGUAUACAAAUCAAAUGGUCCAGAUGGGGCAGCAGGCAGAGGACAGAGGAUUCAUGUUCAGCUGUGGGACACGGCAGGGCAGGAGAGGUUUCGGAGUUUGACAACAGCUUUCUUCCGAGAUGCGAUGGGCUUCCUCCUCCUGUUUGACCUCACCAAUGAGCAGAGUUUCCUUAAUGUCAGAAAUUGGAUGAGUCAAUUACAGAUGCACGCUUACUGCGAGAAUCCAGACAUUGUACUCUGUGGCAACAAGUGUGACCUGCAGGAGCAGAGGGCAGUCCGUGAAGAUGAGGCCCGUGAGUUGGCAGAGAAGUAUGGAAUCCCUUACUUUGAGACAAGUGCAGCUAACGGGCAGUUUGUUAGCCAGGCUGUGGAUGUCCUGCUGGACCUCAUUAUGAAGAGGAUGGAGCGCUGUGUGGACAAGUCCUGGAUCCCUGAUGGAACUGUGCGAUCCAAUGGACACAGUGGCCACACAGACAUCACAGAGCCCAAGACCCAGGAGAAGGGCAAAUGUGCUUGUUAGGGUCCACAUACAGAUAAUGGUUACACCAUCCCCCCAGUGAUGUUUUGGUAGGACUGGGCUUUAUGGUAUGUGAUGAAAGGCAUGUAAUAUUUGUAAAUCAAUGAUGUCAUAGUAAGUUUUGGCAAGAUGUGGGGGGGGGGUGUAUGACGUGCAAAGCUGAAAGUAACUACUAACCCCUGCCAAAUGUUCCAGAGCAUCAUUAUGUUUUGUUAAUUUGAUUGCCUCUCCUUACACUUGUCCAUACAGUGUCAAUUAAGUGCCUUUUUAUGUUUUCAUUUCGGAGAAUAUUAAAUGUAUUUUACAUUGUAAAAGAAAAGUGUAUUAUAACCAACUAUUUUCUAAGAUCCAGAAGAAAAGUGAGAAGCCACUGAAAAUUGUAUUAGUUGAACACUUUCCUGUGAAUUAAAAGGAAACCCAUCCUUAUUAGAUUGAACAUUUUGACACAGGAUAUUUUUGUCACCAUGCACUUCCAUUUAUUCUUGUACAAUGUAAAAGUCCUGAGCACAUGCAAUCUGUAGUGAAUAGAGUGAUUUUUUUUGUAUAGGCCUGCUCUGUAGUAGCAGAGUAGCUGUGUGUUUUUAUUUGUAUCACAAUGUCGGGUUAUUGGGUCUAUCAGAAAUGUUUGAGGUUCCAUGUAAAUCAAUUCGUAAUUUUACAAUGUGCCUUAAAUCUGCUGUAUUCUGUCAAACACUGUUUUCAUGCCAAAUAUGUAAACCAUAUCCUUUAUUCCAUAAAAUAAAUAUAUUUUAUUAUUUAUUAAA